AUGAGCUGCUUCGCCAUCCCUGAUCAGAUUUGCCAGAGACUUAAUAGUGUGGCUGCAAGGUUUUUCUGGGGUCAAAAGAAUGAAGAAAGGAGAAUUCACUGGAAAAGCUGGAGAAAGCUUUGUAUCCCGAAGAAGGAUAGGGGAAUGGGUUUCAGAGACCUAAGCUUGUUUAAUCAAGCAAUGUUGGCAAAGCAAGCGUGUCGGAUCCUCCAGAAUGGUACCACUCUUUUAGCUCGCUCCCUUAAAGCUAGAUAUUUCCCUCGAUCGGACAUACUCCUUGCUAGUAAAGCCCAUAAUCCUUCUUUUGUUUGGAAAAGCUUACUAGUUGGACGUGAUCUUCUCCUCGAGGGAUUAGCUUGGCGUGUUGGAGACCGCACUAGAAUUCGUAUCGGUAGGGAUGCUUGGUUACCGGAUGGAAGAGAAAAUUUUAGACCUGCUCGUGUUAAUGAGCAGUGGGCUGAUUUGAAGGUUGUCGAUCUCCUUUUGGACAACUAG